CGAAACCUUCGUAUCAUGUGAAAGGCGCUCGUGACCGCCUGAAGGGAUGAUGAAAUCACUGGAGGGUUGGGCUUGGCGGCAGUAUUAGAAAUGCACAUGUUUUACUUUGAUGUGAUUGUUGUUUUACGCAUCGUAAAAGACACUACGUGUUCUGUUAUCACUUAGACAAAUCCAUGAAUAAAGAGAAGUGACUUUUUGUAUGGUUAUAGCUUUUUUAACAGGUCUUCGCUAUUGCGCCCUAACAGGAAUUGGAAGAUUUACCGUGAAAAAAAAUAAUUGAUUCUGCUUCUGACUUUGAAUGCCUGAUUGCCAAAUUUUCACUAUCGGUUCAAGAUUCAUAUGGCCAGUUCUAUGACUCUUCUGCAGAAAGCUUUCUCGAAUGGAAGGCUACAAGUGAUGCUAACGUGGUUGUGGGUUGUGAUAUGCAGCUUUCAUGCUGCAAAGUCCUCCGAGGUGUACUCAGGCACUUACAUCGAAGAUGUCAUGAAUGCAUCUCCAGGAGGCACUGUGCUCCUUUCUGUUGAAAGUGAAACGCUAAGGGCAGUGCUUGUAAGCUGGAUCUAUAAAGGACAGCGUGGGUCCAAAGAUAUUGUAGACUAUCACAUUGGCACAUCUGAAGCUGAGAUACCAGUUGCAUAUGAAAAUCGUGUCAUCUUCUCCUUGCACAAUUUUUCACUCCAGCUUCUUAACUUGACCAAAAAUGACAGUGGCCAGUACAUAUUUAAAGUUGACAUGUCUAAGGUGAACAGAGUUAUCCAUCUUCAGGUAACUGAUCCUUUGCUUGGAGCUUCUGUCUUGAAACAGUCCGCUGCUGGUGACUGUACACUCAUGUUGUAUUGUAAGAUCAACGGUGAAGCCAGCAACAUAACAUGGAAGAAAAAUGGAGACCACCUCCCAGAAGCUGAUAUGUUUGUUAUUAACAAAACCACAUUAAUAAUUAAUGGAACAGGAAGUGCUUUAUCAGGAAAUUAUACCUGUAUUGCUCAAAAUCCCAUCAACACAGUGAAAGCAGAUUUUGCAUUGCCACAGAGAGAUGUACCUGUGAAAGUUAUAGUAUCUGCAUCUUCUGCCUGCAUGACUUUGAUAUUCAGUCUUCCAGCACUACUUAUUGCAUUAUUGAACAAUCUGGCUACAUAUUUACUUAGAAGAGGUCUGAAACUUUCAAAAUGGUUCUUUUCUGCAUGUGAAAUCAGCAGCAACUGUGCACUUCUGACAUCUGUAGUAGGAUGGAUCAGCUGGUGUCUUUUUGAUCUACAUUACUUGCCAGUUGUGGUUUUCUUGAGCAUCGUGUCCCUGAUUAGGAUAUGCAGUAGAAUAUGGCAGUGCCAGGAAACUCUGAAGUACAUUCUCUUGAUCUGGAAAAUUUUAUGCCAUCUUUUAAUCUUUGCAUUUGCAGUGAUUCUCAUGGUCCUUUCUGCUUACCAUGAUCUGGAUUGCAGAACAUUUGGAACUAUGCAUUUCCCUGUUUUCAUCUGGUCAUUUAGUAUUUCACUGGUCAUCUUAGCGAUAAUUAUCGGGGGUGUCUAUAUUCUUUCAGAUAUUAAGAGACGUGGCAAGAAUAAUAUGAAGUCUUCAGCUGGCAAUCCAUGCAGUCAUGCUAAUCCUGAAGGAAGCACUUACUGUCCUGUCCCCAUUUUAUCAUGAAUGCUGCAAGUUUCAUAUGUAGCAAAAACUUGGGGUUUAAUGUCACUGGUUGCCGCUGAGUGAUGAUGACCCAUAAAAUAAAGUGAUUUGUGUAUGACUACCUACAAAGAGCUAAGUAUAUACUCCUGCAGCUCUGAUCCAGGAUGGGUUUCCAGGUGUCAAUUACAACAUGUCAAUGUACUCUAUAUAGCUGAUGGAACACUGACUUAAAAAUGGAUGUUAACAGAGAAUGGAGUUACAUAUACCCGUGUAUCCUGGAAAUGAGAUGGCACAGCUUUUGCACUUUGAAAAUUUGAACACUGAUUGAGAAUUUCUUCUAAUUCAUUAAUAUAUUCCUAAAUUAUUUCAGUGUACAUCACAUCCCUGUGAUAUUGAGUUUUGGAUAUUACGUGUUCUUCGGUGUGAUUUUUAUUUUAAGUGUAAUACAUAUUUAAGUGUCACUGUUAUUAUGUACUCUGAAAACUGACUGCAGUAUUUAAGUCAGUGCACCUCAUCUGAUUGCUGUACACCAGAGAGAUUUCUGACCCAAGAUUCCAUACAUUUGCCAAACAUAUACAGACUUGGAAUAGUGCUGUGCCUUUAGAAAACACAUCUUGGCACAAAAUUGGUUCAAAAGUGAUGAGCAGUAAUACCAGUUUAUGUUUGGUUGUGCCCAUAUGGAAUGCAAAUCUAUUUUCAAUGGUUACAAAGUGUUUUGUAUGUUUUCUGAAAUGCAUCUGUAUCUCAAGAAAGAAACAUCAUUUAGCCACGUUUAUUUAAAUACCGUGGACACAUUUGCACAAUGUGUUUGACAUACUACUUUAGAUCAAAUGUAUGCAUGUGGGUAUUUCAUAUGUAAAAUACGUAUGAAGUCUAAUAAUGCAUGAGAUGGGGUUUGUUUUCUGCUGUAAAAUGUAGAGAAAGUGAGGUUAGGGUGUCAUCACUAUCAGCAUGUCUUCCUGUGAAGUGUCUUUGAGUCUGUUGUAGAAACCAUAGGUCCAAUGUCGGAACCUAGUAACAUUUGUUGCUUUCGCAAAAUAUCCUCAGAUCCCACUGUUAAACUAUUCUUUCAUUCCUUAAACUAUAUUUUUGUGUUCAUAGAGGCCCUCUGCACUAGAUGGGAAAUGCAUUGAGAUGACACAGACAUGACAGUGACAGCUGUCUGGUUCAUAGAAAGUCUCACACUGCUGUAACCUGCUUAGUGUACCACAGAUAGUCAUAAGUAGCUGCACCUCAGCACGCCAUUCAUGUCUAUGGUACACUAAACAGCACAUAUAGAGCUCAGCUGCCAGAAGACUUGUCUGGAUGUAGUAGAAAAGUAUGACAGACAGUAUGACAGCCAGUGUGCCUUGUGGCAGAACAGGGUAGCAUGUAUUUAUCUUUGUUAUAUGUAACUUCCACGAGGUACAGAAUAUCACAGCCAGUGAACCUAGUACUAUGAAUCAACCGUCUGUCUUCUGUGUGUUUUACAGUAUCAGUGCACACAGUAUGACAGCUUAUAUGCCUACAGUAUUAGUACACACAGCAUGACAGCUUGUAUACCUACAGUAUCAGUACAUGCAGCAUGAUAGUCUAUGUAUAUCAGUGCAUGCAGAAUGACAGCUUGUGUACCAAUAGUAUCAGUGCACACAACAUGACAGCCCGUGUACCAACAGUAUCAGCACUCACAGCAUGACAACCUAUACACCUACAGUAUCAGUACAUGCAGAAUAACAGCCUGUGUACCAAUAGUAUCAGUACAUGAAGCAUGACAACCUAUAUACCUAUGGUAUCAUAUCAGUACAUGCAGAAUUACAGCCUGUGUACCAAUAUACCUAUGGUAUCAUAUCAGUACAUGCAGAAUUACAGCCUGUGUACCAAUAGUAUCAGUACUAUUGGUACUGAUAUUAUUGGUACACAGGCUGUACCAACAGUAUCAGUACACACAGCAUGACAGCCUGUGUAGCAACAGUAUCAGUACACACAGCAUGACACAGCCUAUGUAAAUCAGUACACAGAGUAUUACAGCUUGUGUACCAACAGUAUCAGUACACACAGCAUGCCAACCUAUGUAUAUCAGUACACACCGCAUGGUAGCCUGUGUACCAACAGUAUCAGUACAUGCAGCAACAGGAAUAUGCAAUCUGUUUGUCUUCAGUGUAACUCUAAUAAGGCAUACAGUGUAGCAUUCUGUACAUCCAAAACCAUGACAGGGUACUAUGUUUGACUUCUGUAUACAUUACAACACCAGUGUACAUUGAAUGGUAGCCUGUUCAUCAUAUAGUAGUUGUCAUCAUUCAUCUUUAUUAUGUGUUAAUUCCCAAAGCAUGGCAUUGUGUAACACUUGGCCUUUUGAAGUAUGAAAUGAAAGAUGCAUGACAGCACAGUGGGGAAGAUGGCACCAGAAAACAUUUCCUUAUAUUUAGGGUUAUGCAAACUGGCUUACUAAUGGAAGUGGAGGACCUGAUCUUGCAAGAUGUGAUUCUUUGAAAAAUGAACCAUUACUCAAACAGGAAACAACAUGUUCUGAAACUUACUGUUUCACUUUAAAAGUAAGAUGUUCUGUAGUCCUAUCUUGCCUUCAUUCUUACAUAUGGGUUCGGAGCCGAUCCUCGGCUCUGACUCGG